AUGGCGGAAAAAAACAUGGAAGUAUCUAGCUUUGUGCUGAAGGCGGGGACUCGCCAUGGCUUGUGGAAGGUGCUCAGCGUGGAGGGGAACUCCCUUGUCUGCCGAGCAUUCAGUUGUAUCUCUGGGAUGCUGGGAGGUGCGGAGGGGCGCUACUACACGUUCCAGCUUCAGGAAGUGGUUCCUGCGGUGGUCCGGGACGGGCGGCUUUUGGGGCCUCCUCCUCGUCUCGUCAAUGUUGAGUGGGGAGGCGAGCUGGUGGCCGUUGGACUCACGCACUUCCCCAAGCCUAAGUCCGGACUCUUGCGUUUUCCCCAA